GCGGCGGCGUCGGCGGCGUCGUCGGCGUCUGUUGGCGUAUUUCAGUUUACCUUCGCACUCCUCCGAGCACUUGGCUUCGCGGUUUGCCGACCGACCGCUCCGCGCGUGCCGCCAGCGCCGCGCUCCCGCCACUCCGAACCAAACCUCUCGAACGACAACAUGGACUACAUGGACCGGCGGCGGCGGCUGCACCCGCGGCUCGCCAUGAUGGCCGCGCUGCUGGACGACUGGUCGCUGCCGUUCACGCGGAACGCGGCGACGCAGGGACGUCGCGGCAGCGGACUCACGUUCCCCAAGUGGCUGCUCGACGACGGCGAGGAGGACGCCGACGACAGCCCCGUGCUGCGCCGCAGCAGGUCGACGUGGGCCACGUGGCCCAGCAUGGACGAGGACAGCGGUCGUACCAAGUGGCUGCUGGACGACGAGCCCUGGUGGACCACGUCCGCGCAGCGCCGCGAGCACCGCGAACAGCAUCCCCGCGACCAGGAGGAGCUCCGCGCCGCGCGCAGGCGGUACUUCGAGCCGCGGCACGGCCGCCGCCAGGACCACGACGACGCCGACGACGACAGGAGGGUGUCCUUCCGCGAGGUGCCGAUCCGAACCAGCGGCCAGGACCACGACGACGACUUCCGCCGCCGCGACGCCCCGGCGAGGGACGCCGUGUUCAUCCGCGAGGUGCCCGUCAACAGGAACAGCGCGGCCAGGGUGUCCUUCCACGACGAUAGGGCCGCCGUCGAGGAGCCCGCCAGCCCCAUGCACGCCCGCGUUCAGGACUUCCUGCGCAGGGGCGCCUCCGCCGGCAGGGACGUCCCCGCCAGGGACGCCGACGCCACUAGGACCUUCACCAGGGAAGUCCCGAUCGCCGUCGGCACCGAUAGAAGCGAGGACUCCGGCAUCACCACAAGGACGACAUUCGGGACCAGGGCCGUCCCCACCUCGCUGGUGACAGACAGCGGCGGAGAGCCAAAAGGGGUGCCACUCAAGAGGGACAACACCGUCAUAGAAGUCGUGCCCGCGAAGACCGCCCCCGUCACACGGGACAUCCCCAUCACGAGGGACGUCUUCGUCACGCCGGCUUCAAGAGACAACCCUGUCACCAGAGACGCCUUUGUCACGCCGGCUUCAAGAGACAUCCCUGUCACCAGAGACGCCUUCGUCACGCCGGCUUCAAGAGACAACCCUGUCACCAGAGACGCCUUCGUCACGCCGGCUUCAAGAGACAUCCCUGUCACAAGAGACACUCCAGUCACGAGAGACAUGCCGGCUUCACGAGGCGUCUGGGACAUCCCCGUCACGAUGGACUCCACUUUCAGCAGGGAUGCGACCCCCAAUAGAAAGGGCGGCUCCGUCACACGAGACAUCCCCGUCGCAAGAGACGUCCCAGAUACGAAGGACAUCCCUGUCACCAGAACCGUCCCCAUCACGAUGGACGACACGAUUCCGGACUCGCCCGUCACGAGGGACAUUCCCGUCACGCUGGACGCCUUCCAGCCGAGCACCGCGACGAGCACCGCGACCGAGGGCGCCUGGAGCGGACAGGCCGACGACGACACGGAGACUGAGGACGUGGAGCAGGACGGCACCAUGGUGCCGCAGCACCAGCUGCGCAGGGAGCAGAAGCGGUGCCUGCAUCUGCAGGACGAGAACCUGCGCCUCAAGGCCGUCAUCACCACGAUCCAGGAGACCAACAAGCGGUGGCAGGGUUUCAACGCGGCGCGGCAGGCCUACAUCGAGAGGCUGCUGAGCACCAUCGAGGAGCAGCAGGUGCAGCUCAACGCGUGCCUCGACGCGCUCAAGACGUCGUCACCGAAGCUCGCCGCCAAACCGGCGCCGCCCGCCCCCGCCGCACCGGGAAACGCCGCCCCCGCCGCCCCCACAAACGCCGCCCCCGCAGCCCCCACAGACACCGCCCCCGCGGCCCCGGACGUCAUGAACGCGGAGGGGCGGCUGAAGCGCCUCCAGGGUGAGGUGUCCGACUUGCAGCGUCGCCUGCAGGAGGCCAAGAAGGAGCACCGGGACACGGUGUGCAUGCUGCAGCAGGUCAGCAACCAGCCAGCGGCCCCCGCGCGGUCCGACCACGGCGUGGAGGAGACGCCCCCGCCGAAGGAGUCCGCACACCCGGAGCAGAACAAGCUCUCCGAGGACUCGGCGGCGAGGCUAAGGGGCACCACCAGCCCGCGGCCGCGGUCGCCCGCCGCGCCACACCGGCCGUGCUACUACGACGUGGUCACGGACAACCCGGCCAGCCCCGCCAGCCCCGCCACGACGACGCCCUUCUUCGCGGAGCGAGAGCGCGAGCGGACGCAGUACUCCUUCAACGGCGACGCGCUGCACAAGCACCUGCAGCAGCGACGCGGGGUGUCGCCCGCCCUGUCGGACGCGCUGACGCCGACCCCGACGCCGCCCCCGCAGCACCAGCGCCCGGAGGAGCAGCACGCCGACGGGUACCCCGUCGAACUGAGCGGCUCCUACUCGUCCCUGUGCAGCUACAGCGGCCCCGCGCCGCACGUCAGUGUGCCCAGCAGCAGCAGGGCCACCACCCCGGACCAGGACGUGUCCAUGUGCUCCGACGCCACCCUGGACUGCUCGCCGCCGUCCCCCGUGCAGGGCACGCUGACGGUGGGCUUCACCGGUGCGGGGCUCGCCAGCAUCACCGCCUUCCACGUGCGCCCCUCCGCCCCCAGCCCCGCGCCAACGCCGUCGUCGCCCAGCCAGCCCCUCGGCGCCGUCCACGUGCUGGCGCGCGCGUCCUCUCGGGGCGGGUGCGCGUCGUCGUCGUCCGAGGAGGACUCGGGCAGGGGCGGCACCACGACGUCGACGACGUGCUGGCGCGAGGACGUGUGGGAGGGCGCGGUUGGCGCGGUGCAGCACAGCCGGUCGGCCAGCCGCCAGGACGUCACGUGCCCCGCCUGCGGCCGCGUCUUCCCGCCCGCACUGCAGGCCACCUUCAUGGCGCACUUCGAGGCGUGCGCGCUGCAGCCGCUGCAGCAGCCCCCCAGGACCACGGCCGCGCCGCCGUCGCCCAGGACGCGGCGCUCCUGCAGGGUCCCAGACUGAGCGGAACGCCACUAGGGAUUCGGUGGUAUUGAAAUAACAGUGUAACAGUGGUGCGCGCGGCCCGCCCGCAAUGCACGGUGGUGUUAGUUGGUCGGACAGUGUACCGGCUGGGGGGUGUGAAACAGCAUCUUAACAGGAAAGAAAUAAUAAAGAAUCAGUGUCAUCCAA